GGCAGAGGAUUUCACUAAUGGUCAGGCCCUAUUUUGCAGGUAUAUAUACAUAUUUCAAUCUCGUAUUUCACUCUCCAAUCCGUGCAUACAUAUAUUAAGAUUGUCUAAAUAUAACAGGAUACAUAGUGCAUUGUUCCCUCACGAGGAACUUGAUAAACACUACGAGAAGCUUAUGCUAAAUGACGUGCACCUGGCUGAACUUAAUAGGAGGACCUUCCCGGCCCAUGAAUCCCCCUAUUUCAACGCAGUUUUGCCAUUGAAGAAUAACCCACUACAGCAGCAACAACAGCCAGUUUUGCGGUUACAGCAAAACUCUAAUCAUCCCACAGCAUCUUUGAAUUCUGCCAUUGUUAUGCCAUCAAAACGUAAAUUUGGUCACGCGAUGCAGCAUCCGCAUCAACACCAAUCUCCACUUUUUCUAUCACAGCAGAACUUUGAUCGCCCACAGCAGAAACAUUGUCGUCCCACAGCAGCUUUGUUUCACCAAUCGUUGAAUUCUACCAUCACAACACCAGCAAGAAACAAUGGCGUGGUGGCAUUGUCGGGGAAUCAAAUCAGCAACGAGGCAACAUUGGUCGACUCAUCACAACAAAACCAACUUAUUAAUGUUCCUCAUCAGAAGUACUCAUCACCUCAACAGCAUUCUGCAUACAAUGAGAGGGCUAUUCCCAGCAUGAAGAUCCCAAGCAGUUGGGGUCAACAAAACCAACUACGUGUUCAUCAUCAAUACUCAUCUCCUCAGCAGCAUUCCGAACACAAUGAGAUGGGCCAGAUGGCUAUCCCUUACAUGAUGGCCCCAAGUAGUUCGGUUCAACAAAUCCAACAACUUGUUCAUCAAGAGCAGUAUUCUGAGAUCCCAGAUAGUUCAUCUCAUCCGCAGCAUUUUGAGGUCUGGAGUAGUUCAUCUCAUCAGCAGCAUUUUGAGAUCCCAUGUAGUUCGGUUCAACAAAACCAAUUUCUUGUUCCACAGCAGCAUUCUGAGAUCCCAUGUAGUUCGGUUCAACAAAACCAAUUUCUUGUUCCACAGCAGCAUUCUGAGAUCCAAAGUAGUUCUGUGCAGAAUGGCUCAGCAACUGGUGAGCAAUCCUCGGCUGAUGCAAUAAACAUGCUAGAGAAUGAUGCAACAUGGGAUGAUGGCAGUGUUCGUUGUUAUGCGCACAGUAUUAUUGGGUGCUUCGCUUGCUCUACUGACGAUUAGAUAUUUUCCCCCUUGAUUUGUUUAUUAAGUAGUUAGUUUACAUAUUGGUAAUAAGUUUGAAUUUUAAAAAAAAUUGUAAUCGAUUAAGUGCCAAGUAUAUGUGUAGAUACUUUAAGCCUUGAUAACACUGCCAAAAAUAAAAAAAUGCCACUGUAUAUCAAAACAACCUAACUAUGAAUAAAAACUAAAACUUGCUAUGAAUACCAAAAUUUGGAAUAGAGAAUCUCAGGUCAAAUUGAACAGAUUAGAAUACUCUCAUAACCUAAUUAAUUAUAUUAUUCGUUUAUUGUUAUCCAAAAGCUACAAUAUAUAUAUAGGAGUAUGUGUUAU